AUGAAGACUUCAUCGGUGCGUCUUGCAGUUCUGAUAUGUCUCACUGUGUUUGCCCCCAUGGCAAUUGGCAUCACCACCCCCCUCAUUACGCAAACAUGCAAAUUACAACCAGCUGACCAACAACUCUGUAUCGACUCCCUUAGCCAAGUCCCUGAGAGUGAACAUGCAGACGUCAAAGGCUUAGCCAAAAUAAUGGUGGAUGUUGUACUCAGGAACCAUGUGUUAGAAACCAAGAACAAACUCACAGAUCUGAAGAAGCAACUUCCAGGAGAUCAGGACCGAUUACAGAAAUGUUUGGGUUAUUACGAUGUAAUUGGAUCGGAUAUUGAGAGAACCGUCAACAAUUUUAUUCCUUUUCACGAGUAUGAAGCUGCAAAACAGAGCAUGGAAGAUGUUAACUAUCAAGCUAUGAAUUGCGUAAUUCUGUAUACACGACCCCCAUGUCCUGUGGAAGCGGAGAACAAAAUGGAUAUGAGGCUCGCUAGUUUGGCUGCGGGUAUAGUAGUCUUGUAG